AUGCAGCCAUGCCCUGUGACCAAGUGGGGCCCGAUGGACCUCGACGUGCUCGAGCUCCAGAAGCAGGUGCAGCAGAUGGACCUUCCCAGCUUCCCGUUCGAGCUGCCGAUGCCGAGCAACCUGGGAGACCUGGAUGCUCAGGAGCGAUACUUCGCCGAGAACAAGGAGAGCAUCCUUGCCAGCCUGGAGAAGCACGGAGCUGUCGUGCUCAAGGGUUUUGACCUCACUAAGGAGCCCAAGGGCUUCGAGCGCAUGUGGAAGGCCCUUGGCAUGGAGGCUUGCCUUGACCCCCUUCACUCAGUCGCCGGCAGACCUGUCGUGAGCGGAGACAGUGCCGUGUACGAGGCUGUUAACAAGCCCUCCCGUGCCAAGUUCUACGUGGGAAUGCACAACGAGAUGGUUGGCAAGCGAACUGUCCGCCGCGCUGCCUUCGUGUGCUUCAAGGCAGCGGAGGUGGGCGGAGAGUUCAUCAUCACCGACGGGAUGAGGAUGCUCCGUGACCUGGACCCCUCCGUCCUCAAGAAGCUCUACGAGAAGAAGAUCCGCUUCAGCUCUGCCGAGCUCCCCAUGGGCUUCCUCGACAAGACGGGUCCGCUGCAACCCGUCUUGGAGCCCAUCCUAAAGUCCGUCAUUGGAGCCAUCGUUGACAUGAAGGUUGACUUCGAGGUCGACAUGUUCUGGAACCGCGUCAACGGCGAGCGCGUGAUCCAGGCGCAUGCUCCUCCCCAGCCCCCUGUGAUCCUCCACCCGGACACCAACCUGCCGACCUGGUUCUGCAACAUUCACUCCCACUCUGCCACCCUCAGGGAUGAGAGAGACGGAGUUCUUCCUGAGACCACCGGCGCCAGCCGCCUGAACAAGUCGGAUGUGUUCUACGGAGAUGGCUCGCAGAUCUCCAAGGAGGACUUGAAGCAUGUCGACGAGGUCACCAAGAAGAACCAGGUGUAUGUGGCGAUGAAGCAGGGAGACGUGGUGCUUAUCGACAACUACCGUGCUAUGCACGGCCGCAACAUCUUCGAGGGAACCAGGAAGCAUGCUGUUACGUGGUUCAAGUAG